AUGUCCCCUGGUUCACCUGCAGCAGGAGGAGGCCCAUGUCCCCUGGUUCACAUGCAGCAGGAGGCCAGCCCCUCCCUCUCCUUGCUCUCAUGGACUCUCUACAUAGAGGUGCUUGAAACAGACGUAAUCAUCGUCUCCUGGAACCUCUCAGACAGAGCUCACUGUGGGAUUAGAACACUUUCUAUUUUCUGCUGCGGCCGCGAACUCACUGGCCUCAGGUUGGCACUCCCCCAACACGGGAUCAUCCUGCAGCGUCUGUCCCCAAGCCUCAAGACAACAGGACCAAGGGGGUGCGGCGGCGGUGCACGAGGAGAGAACCAAGAAGAGAGGGAGGUGAACCAAUCUUGA